AAAACUUGAUGACACCUAUGAGCUCCCAUGAUGCCUUGCGAAAUAUUUUCUAUGGCAGAAAACGGGAACCAGCAGAAAAAUUGUUAGAUUUUAGAGAUGGUCCGAUGUCGGAAAUGAACAACGAUGUGCUAGAGAAAAAAACUAUAAAACUCCUGUUCUAAAAGAUCUUUCAACGAGUAGUGUUUCAUAUAGAGAAACUAAUUUACUGAAAGAAUUAGAACAUAGUUUAUAUAGUAUCCAAGGCAACAGUUUCCUUACAGUUAUCAGAUUUAAUACAAGACAGAAAUAACCAUGGCUUCCGACGGUGAGACAGUUAAAGUCAUUGUAAGAUGUCGACCAAUGAAUACAAGAGAGAAGGACCUGAAAUGUACGACUGUUAUUAACAUGGACGGCAAGCGGGGUCAGUGCGCCAUCAGAAAUCCGGACGACAAAAAGGCACCACCCAAGAUGUUUACAUUUGACGGAUCCUACUUUGUUGACUCUACCACAGAGAAUAUCUACAAUGAAAUAGCCUAUCCGUUGGUAGAGGGUGUGACGGAGGGCUAUAAUGGAACAAUCUUUGCUUAUGGGCAAACUGGUUGUGGGAAAUCGUUCACUAUGCAGGGAAUUACAGAUCCUGCAACUCAGAGAGGAAUCAUUCCAAGAGCUUUUGAUCAUAUAUUCGAGACAGUCUCUGUGGCAGACAGCACUAAGUUUUUACUCCAUGCAUCUUACUGUGAAAUUUACAAUGAAGAAAUCCGUGAUCUCUUAGGAAAAGACGCAAAACAAAAACUAGACUUAAAGGAACAUCCAGAAAAGGGAGUCUACGUGAACGGGCUUUCAAUGCACCCAGUGCACAAUGUUAUGGACUGUGAGAAAAUCAUGUCCAAAGGUUGGUCAAACAGAGCUGUAGGGGCUACAUUGAUGAAUGCCGAUUCCUCCAGAAGUCAUUCAAUAUUUACCAUUAAUAUUGAGAUGGUCACGGAGGAUGAAGCUGGGGAGGAGCAUAUCAGAGCUGGAAAAUUGAAUCUGGUAGAUUUAGCAGGAAGUGAAAGACAAGCCAAAACAGGUGCAACUGGUGACCGUUUAAAAGAAGCAACAAAGAUCAACCUCUCUCUAUCUGCGCUUGGUAAUGUCAUAUCAGCUCUGGUCGAUGGUAAAUCCAAACAUAUUCCAUACAGAGACUCCAAGCUGACCAGGCUGCUCCAGGACUCACUGGGAGGCAACACCAAAACCCUAAUGGUGGCCUGCUUGUCCCCGGCUGACAAUAACUAUGAUGAGAGCUUGAGUACGCUUCGGUAUGCCAACCGAGCCAAGAACAUACAGAACAAACCAAAGAUUAAUGAGGACCCCAAGGACGCUCUGUUGAGGCAAUACCAGGAGGAGAUUGAGAAGCUGAAGGCCAUGUUGAUGGGGCAGAUUCCUGUGCCGGAGGGAGGUCUUGGAAACCUUGAUGCUGCCAAAAUUCAAAGAACAAAGAAAGAUUCAGAAUCCUCGACAAGAGAGGAACUGGAGGAAGAAAAGAAAAGAAUAAGAGAGGAAUAUGACUCGAAGCUGGAAGGACUAAAGGCAGAGUACGAGCAAGAGAUAACUAACAAGAAAAAAAUCCAACAGGACAUGUUGAAGUUACGAGCCUUUUAUGACACACAGUUGUCCUCAGUCGAUGGACAGAUAGCAGGGUUACCACCCACUGCUGCAGUACUAGGAGAGAUAGAAUGGCAGGAUGAGAACGGACAGAUGCUUAAAUUGGAUGAGGAUGUGUUUCCCGGUGGUGUGGAACCUAAGCCAGGUCAGCAAGUGGUGACACAGGAUGGCAAGACCACAGUGGCUUCAGCUCAGUCUGGUCAAGAAGUGGUGACCAGUGAUGGUAAAGUGGUAGUUCUACCACCUGGAAGCCAAGUGGUUACUGAGACUGAGAGUGGACAGCAGCAGAUAGUAACGCCUGAUGGCACUGUGGUGGUGGCAGCCAGCGGACAUCCAGUCGCUGUACAACCUACAAAACCACCGGUCAAAACUACAUCUGAUGGCAAGGUGAUCGUCAUCGACUCGGACGGACAAGAAGUAGUGCAGCAGCCUGGUAUACCCGUAGUGAUGCAGGAUGGACGAACUGUCAUGAUUGACUCCAAGACUGGUAGACAGGUGGUCAAGCAGACAGUGGUCGUGGUCAAUCAGAACAACCAGAUGAUCAAUGAGGAUGGAAAUCUGGUCAAUGAGAAAGGCCAGUUGAUCAACCCGGAGGGCCAAGUGGUGGAUGCUAAUGGACGUGUUUUGACUUCGGAGGAACUGGCUCAAGCCAAUGCUGUGGCUGGGGAAACAAAGGUGAUAAUAAAGACAGUGACAAACACAGAGUAUAUCAAAACUACAGAGUUUGUGGAGGUAGAGAAGACGAGAGAGCCAGAUUCUGUGACCGGGGCAAAUCUUCCUGAAGGACCAGUGGUAGCAGGAAAACAAGUCACAAAACCAGAUGGAACUGUUGAUCAGGAGUAUGAAGAAGGUACAGCCAUUAUGAUGGGUGGAGCUCCUGUCCUUGAACAUGAGGGGCCAAUGGCUCCUAACUCCUCCCCCACCCAAUCGAACAUGCAGGACCAGAUGAAGCUCCACCAGGAGGAGGCCUACAGGAGGUUGCAAGAAUUAGAAAAGCAGAUGGUUGGAGGAGAGAAAAAGGAUGACAAUGUUACCAAAGAAAGGAGGAGGAAAAGAAAAUUGUUUGCUGAUGAGAGAAAGCAGAAGCUUGCAGAGGCCAUUGCCAACAUGGAUGAUGAUUUCAUUCUGCUGCAAAUUUACGAUGAAACACAAGAUGAAGUCAGAGACAAAGAUUUAGAAGUCCGAAAAAUACACGCAAAGAAUGAGAGUUUGCAAAGAGAUAUCAUAGAUAUCCAGUCGGAGUUUCAGUUUGAGAGAAUUGACUACCUGGACACCAUUAGAAAACAGGAGAGGGAACUAGCCCUGAUGCAGGCCCUGCUGGAUAAGAUACACCCAUGUCUGAGACGAGAUUGUAAUUAUGCCAACAUCGACAGGAUUAGACGGGAAUGCAAGUGGGAUGACGACGAGGGAAGGUGGUUUCUUCCACGCAUGUCCAUCAACAACACAGCACUUCCUGUAGCAGAAAAUGGAUUCAGUUCUGCACCACGAAUGAAUCACGAUACUGAAAUGAGAACAGGAUUUGAAAGAAAUGAGGGAGUAAUGCCUGGAGGCCGACCAGUGGAGGGAAGGAGUCGUCCGAGAAUGUCCAAUGGAGACAUCCAGGCCAGCAUCUAUGACAACGAGGAGGACCGCUUCAGAGAUAAAAUCAUGAGGAAGGAGGACCACUCCCACAAUUAUUUCCAGGGAAAACGAGCCAGCCAGCUUCUUCAGACCAAUGAGCCAAUCAAUCGAUUCAAUAUCAACGAAGUGAAAGAUACCUACAGCUUAAAAAGUCCUCGAGGAUCCAUGACAAAUGGUCAUAUGAACGACGAUCCAAUGAGUUCAGGACUGCGGGCAGCUGCUGUUCACGGUCAACUGCUGCAAGAGGACACCAUGGUUCGAAAGCCCACACGUUUAGAUGCGCUACCGUCUGUCAACACAAAGAAGGGCAGAAAGAAGAAGAAUGCCCUGGAUCCCUUGUGAUGAAGGCUCAUUCCUAUUGUAGAAAUUAAGGGUUAAGAUGCAAUCAAUAACUUAUUCAAAUAUUUGUUAAAGUUUUAACUACUAUUUGAACUGAUAAUUGAUAAUUUUGGAAUCCAGACAAAUUUUGAAAGGAUGUGAUUCUUGAAGCUGACUUUCAGUUGUUUAAGAAUAUGUGAAGGUUUUCAUUUUAGAAAAUGCAAAUCAUUAACACUGGGAGAGUUUGCCGUCUGCUCCUCUCUGUUUGCCGUCUGCUUCUAUAUAUGUGGUUGUGAAAAAUGAGAACUAUACAUAGUUGGAAUGCACAUCCGUACUUGUAUUUUCAGAAGAAAUCAGUAUUUCUAUGUGAAUUUUGUGUGAUGCAAGUAAUUUUUGGAUCAUGAUAGCUUUUUAAUUUGUUAAGCUUUGAAAUCUCUAUAAUUUACUUGCCAUUUUUAUAUUGUGUCUUUGUGUGAGAUUUAAAUUUUCUUUAUCUUAUUCCGUCUAUCUAAUGAUAAUUAAAAAAAAUAGAUGUUCUGAUUUUUGCAGUUAUUUCUGUUUGAAACAAUGAGCAUUUUAUUCCUGUAUAACUCUCAUUUUAGGCAUGGCAUAGAGAUACAUGUAUAUCUUUUGUAUUUAAAAAUUACUAUCUGUUGUCAUAUGCACUUAAAAAUGAUUUUUACAUAUUCUCACAAACGUGUGUUCACUGUAUGAAAUACAUGAGUGUAUUCAUACUCCUUUUACAAGGCAUUUACAUACCUACAUCAGAAGAACAUUUAUUUCUAGGGAUUGUUAACAAUAUAAGGUAUGAAAAUGAAUAUGAUGGUGAUUCAACAAAAGAGAUGUUUUAAAAUAUUAUGAUGCAGAAAACCUGGACUAAAGUGUCGACAAGAACAGUGCCUGUAUGAAGGGUACAAUAAGUGUACAUUUAUAAAAUAUCGUGAUAUUUUGUAAAUAUGGAGGAGAAUUAUACUACCAUGUACAAUAGUUUGCAUGGAAUCGAGUCUUUCAUACAAAAUGUAUUAAAUCCGUCCAAGACCUUGUUCAUUGUUGAUAAUCUUGAAUGGUAUGUUUUUCAAGUACUGGUAUACAGAAAUAUCUUGUUUGUUGACGUGUAUAGUUAUGUAUAGCACUUUUACAGCCUCUGUGAUUGAUUUAUAGGAUAGGUUAAUAUACAUCUUUUAUAAUUUUGUCCUGAAAUUCUGUCUCGGCUACCCUCUGGAUUUUGGGUGCAGUUCAGCAAUUGUGCUGUUUAUGGGGAUAUUUUCGCUGUGUUAUUUUAACCCAUUUGCAUUGAAAAUUUUGUGUCUCACUACAUUAGAUUUAUAAUUUCAUAAUGUACAUUUGCUAAGUUGUAAAUUCUCUAAUUUUAAUCAUAAAGAUGAAACAAGCUAAACUAAAAUGGUGGGGGCUAAAGUUUUGCUGCAUACAGUAUAAAAACUGCUAGAUUUUUAUUUCCGUAAAUCAGAUCUCUCAGUGAAAGCAUUUGAAAUAUUUACAAUUUGUUUACAUUUUACUUAUGCAUGUUUUUGGUGUGCUCUAACAGUAUGAAUUAUAGAAGUGUUAACAUACCCUGUGUCAUUGAACCACAAAGGUGUUUAAAUAUAUAUAUUGCAAUAGAGAAAGAAAUCUGUGUGUAAAUAGAAUACCAUAAUUUCACAUACUACUAUUUUCAUCAAGACAAAGAAAAGAUUAUGAACAAAACAGAAUUAGUGAAAUAAAUUUAAUGAACUGGGAGUUGACAUUUUAACAUCUCUAAUCAAAAUUAGAUCCUUUGAUCUGCUGACGUAUAUCACUUUAAAAACUUGUGUGUCCCUUUAUGUACAGCAUUUCAUCUUUACUUGCAAAACAGGUUGGCAUAGAAACGGCAUUCAACCAAACUGACACUUCCACUCCUCCUUUUUUAAAUCUUAUAUGUGUAUUAUUACUGCAUACAUUAAUUUUAACAGAAACCUAAUAAAUGAAAUUAUUUUUUUUUUUUUGAUAGAAAAGACUGCAUUACUGCAUGUAUUUACAUGUAUUACUGAAGUAUGUAAUUUAGUUCUAAUAAACAUUCCUUACGGUUCCUGUUUAUUAACACACAAGAAUUUUCCCAACUUUUUUCCUAUACAUUAACUUUACAGUUUAUGAAUUUUGUGUGAAGUUUUGAAGUCAUAAUAUGAUGCUAAUCGUAUCAGUGUUUGAGUUUUUCCCUCGAGUAUUUAUUCACCACCAGUUAUGUAAAUUAUGAUGUUACUGACAAACGUCUAUCUUUAAGGACUUGAGUAUAUUCCUUUGAUGCAAGUGACAUCAAAUUGUUAACUGGUUACGUAAUAUAUAGUGUUGUCAUACUUGUAAAUGUUGGGGGUCUUUUUGUUUUGUUUUUGUUGGUUUUUUCUCAAAAUUAAUCUGUUUUUAUGUACAUUCCGUCCGUGUUGAACUUAAAUGUUUUAGAAUUUGACUUACUGGUAGUAUUUUAUGUUGUGAGUUGUGUAACUUGUUGACCAAUCCACUUUCUUUACACUGGUGGCACAAAUCAAUGUCUGCUGACAUUCAUCAUUCAAAUCACCCAAUUGUGAUGUCAAUUAAACAUACCCAUUCCUAGAUGUAGAUAAUUACCUUGUUGUUAAAGUUUGUCAAUAAAAUGCUUCGGUUGGUUG